UGUGGGCCGGGGGGUGAGAGCUACCUAGCCCGGGCUGCUCUGCCGAAACAUCCAUGGGUGGCUGUGUCGGGAGCCACCACGACUCCUCGGGCAGCUUAAACGAGAACUCGGACGGCACUGGAGUGGCUCUAGGGCGUAACCAGCCCCUGAAGAGAGAGCGGCCUAAAUGGAAAAGUGACUACCCGAUGACUGAGGGCCAGCUGCGCAGCAAGAGAGAUGAGUUCUGGGAUACGGCGCCAGCGUUCGAGGGCCGGAAGGAGAUCUGGGAUGCGCUGCGGGCUGCGGCCAGCGCCUUUGAGAGCAAUGACCACCUGCUGGCUCAGGCCAUCCUUGACGGAGCCAGCAUCACACUGCCGCACGGAGCUCUGACUGAAUGUUACGAUGAACUGGGGAAUCGAUACCAGCUGCCGGUCUACUGCCUCUCUCCUCCCGUCAACAUGAUUGAAGAGCGCUCUGAUGAGCCUGACGGUUCAGAUCCGGACUCUGGGGCUGCAGACCCGUCAACGGGCAGCGCCAGUGACCCCGACUCAGGAGGGGAGUGCCAGCUCCGGCUGCGGCUCUCCACGGGUCGCGACCUCCGGCUGGCGGUCCGCUCCACGGACACGGUGGGCAUGAUGAAGCGUCGUCUACAAAGUCAGGAGGGCGUGCCUGCCACAACCCAGCGCUGGUUUUUCUCAGGUCGGCCACUGACAGACAGACUGCGCUUGGACCAACUCAACAUCUCCAGGGACUAUGUAGUGCAGGUCAUCCUCAGCCAGCCGCCACCGCCAGAGCCAGUAACUACAGCAGGACAUAUACCAGAGGCGUCUGGGUCAGUGGCAGUGGAAGGAGUGGCUGCAUUGCCCCAGGAGCCCACACCAGUGGAGAACUAACUACCCCAACCUGACAGCCUGGAGGUGGGCUGGCAGUAUAAAAGGAGGAGGAUAACGAGGGAGAAAAAAAGAAUAGAAGUUGACUUUUCUCUUUUGGUUUGCACUCUUCUUCUCUUCUCUUCUCUUCUCUACUUUCUUCUUCUCUUCUCUUCUUUCUUCUUCUCUUCUCUUAUCUUCUCAGUCUGUUGUUUUUGCUGAGAAGGGCUCUGUUUGGGCAGACGUUGGCUGUCUGCUGGAGCAAAAGGACUCUUGAAUUGAGAAAAGACUCCUUUUGGUUUUACACGUUAAAAUUUUGACCUUUUUGAAGUCUUUUUAACUGUUCCUAUGGAAACCAAACAACAAAAAGAGAACUUUGUCAGAUGGCUCAAAGGGUUUUCUUAGCAACACUGAUGUUCCAAUGUUUCUGUGUUUCACUUUCCAUUCAAGUUCUGCUCUCUGGCAAAGCUGGGUCAACAGAAUUCUGUUUAUGAGGCUACAGGGUUAUACAUAUACAUUUUCAGUAAGGACAUUUUUAAUUCAGAUAGUUUAACAAUCAUGACAGUUAUUCAGGCAGUUACUCUUAAUAAUGUGUGAAUCAAAUCAUCAAUCAUCACUUCUUCACCUGUGGAUUAAGUCAGUAUGCUAACAGCUGUAAAAAGGUAUUCUAUUUGGUAUGUCUAGUUAGCAAACAGAGGUGCCCUCCCUCUUGACAAGAGGUUGCAGACAGGGUGCGUGACUGGAUUAGAUAUUUUAUUUCACUCUGCUUCACAGAACAAUCAGAGUAAUCAUGUAAUAAACGUUAAGUAGUCGGCCUGUGUGUGUUUGUGUGUGUGUGAGUUGGUGUGAAUAAAUGUGCGCGCGUGUGCGUGGAUGUUCAUAUAUGAUCGAGACACAACCACACUUCAUGUGGCAAAAGGAUGGACGUCAGAAACACAGUUACAUAUUUUGAUUAAAAAUAGAAUGUUUUUAAUUAAAAUUGAUCAUUGUUUCUAUUCCUUGA